UGCGCCUGACGAGAACAGCCAGCCCACGACAAAAAAGGGUCACAGUCCCACUAAGUAGAUCGUGCAUCGCAACCGUUCAACUGCAUCCGAGCAUAAACCAAGCACUCUCUCGUGGGCAUCCACCUUGUGUUUGCUGGGUGCGAGAUGAAUGAAUGAAAGAAAGAAUCUGGCUCCAGCAACUUCUAAAACCAUCGUGGCGGCCGCAUAAAAGAAGCAACAGCAACUAACUUUCGCGUGAAACAAAGCAAGCAAGCAAUCAACAAACCAUGACAACAGAAGUGGAAGCCAAUCCAAGCCACUACCCAGAUAGCAACAAUUUGCACUGCGGCAGUUUUCUCGAAUAUCACACCUCUGAGUUAAAUCGUGGGGAGAAAGAGAGCAGUACUCGCAGAAGAAGACUGAGCCAGAGCGAGAUUGAUGAACAAGCCCUCCGCCAUCGCCUCCUGUUAAGCCACCAGGAAGCCUCGUCUCAAGAUGCCCUAGGACGCAUCGUCUCGGACAAGAACGAAUGGGGCAAGUUCCAUCGAGCACUGCGAGAAAGACGCAGUCUAUGCUCUACGCAUGCCGCCAUUCAGCAGUGCAUAAACACCGUGGUAGAAGAGCAGGCGAAGCAAAUGGAAGACAAAGAAGAUCAAGAAGGGUCAUCCCCAUCAAAUUCAUCCAACUCCUAUGAAGAAGACGAACAACUACGCUUUAUUGAGAUUUAUCGCAAGGCAAUGGAACUGUCUACUGGCAGUCACGUUGUAGAGGAGGGUAGUUGGACCGUUUAGGGGCUCAAAAGUUGCGCACAACAAUCCGAACUUGAAAUGAAAUGUGCACAUGCUGAAACUCCGAAGCGCACUCACAGACAGCAGCAGCGUAGAAGAUCAAAAAUCGCACUGGGAAGGGCCUAAGAACGCUUUAAAACUAGAUUGCAAAAGAACGUUUUUAAAACUAGAUUGCAGCGACAACAACACACACCAUGA